AAUGUCUCUUCAUUCAUCAUUUGGCUAUGAUAGUCUUCGAUCGGUUAUUUUUGCAAGAGCUAUAAAGGAAUGCGAAAGUAAGAAUUAAUUUGAUUGCUUUAGAAAUUUAAAAUGAGCAUUAUUUAUCUGAAAAUGGUUCUGAUAUUAAGAGUAAUAUCUCUUCUGAUUCAGAUAAACAUAUGUUUGAUAAGUAUUUCUAUAAAUCUAAACAUUAGAGAAUACAGUAUGGAAUCUGCUGAAUCCUAAAUGACAUUCAAUAACUAGUAAUCUACUCUCUCUUAAUUUAAUACUCAACAAUGA